UUCUCCGUAGUUAGUAAAUAAAAUUUAGAUCCUGUUCUGUUUAUAUUCAAGUCUAGGUCAAAUAUAGAAGCAGUGCACUGGAAAUGUUAGGGAAGGGUGAAUCACAUCCAUCUGUAGGAUGAUGUUUUAUUACAAAUUGAAUGGUCUAAUAUAAAAAGUUUAUUCUACUCAAAAAUAAAUACGAAUAUGGGAUCUGUACGCAUUGCCUGUUUACUACUAGGAGGGCAAACCAAAAGAUGCCUUGAUCAUCAUAUUCUAAGCAAGACUUCACCUAAUUUCUUGCUAAAUUAUCAGGAUUGGGCAAAAGCCAGAUUAGGAACAUAUAAUGUUCCCCAAUCUGCUCAGGUUAUAAUAUGUGGAGCUGGAGCUACAGGAAAUUCAGUUGCCUAUCAUAUGAAUGAAAAUGGUUGGAAAGAUAUCAUUGUUUUAGAGCAAAGCAAAAUUGGUAGUGGAGACUCCUGGAGAAGUUGUGGAAUUGUUGGGCAUUUUCAUUCCAUGUCAGAAGGGAGAAUGACAACUUAUAGCUCUGAACUCUAUAAAAAAAUGCAGAAUGAAGGUCAUGAAAUGGGUUUUGUUGAAACUGGAUCUGUGAAUGUUGCUCGUACUAAUGAGAGAAUGAUAGAACUUCGACGGAUUGCUGCUGAAGCUAGAAUACAUGGGAUAAAAUGCGACAUUUUGGAACCUAAAGAUAUUUCAAACUAUCACCCCUUUGCAAAAAGUGAUGAUUUAGUGGGUGGAAUAUGGGUUCCAAGUGAUGGUAUUGUAAAUCCUCUGAGUGUAUGCCAAGCUUUAGCAAAAAUUUCCAAAGAUAGAGGUGUCAAGUAUUUUGAGGGAUGCAAAGUGUUAGAAAUCUUAACGAAUGGUUUCAAAGUCACUGGUGUUAAAACCAGCCUUGGCGUCAUUAACUGUGAAUAUUUAGUGCUAUGUGCUGGAAUGUGGACUAGAAGUUUGGGUGUAAAUUGUGUUCCUCCAUUUCGAGUACCAACUCAACCAGCUGAAAAUGGAUAUGUCAUUACCAGACCUGUACCUGGAGUAUCUACAUCAACUCCUUUGCUUAGGGAUUAUGAUGCUUGUGUAUAUGUUCGACCGUAUGAUUCUGGAUUUAUGGUGGGUGGAUUCCCUGAAAAAGCAAAUCCUUUAUUUACUGAUAAAAUGCCUGAUUAUUUUUCUUUUCAAGAACUCACUCCAAAUUGGGAAUAUUUCAAACCAGUUUAUGAAGAAGCUUGUUUCAGGGUUCCAAUCCUUAAGCAAGUUGAUAUUCAGCGUUAUUCAACUGGUCCUGACACAUUCACUCCUGAUGGCCACUGGAUUCUUGGCGAAACUUCAGAGAUCGACAACUUAUAUGUUGCAGCAGGAAUGAAUGUAAAUGCAGUACAAGGUGCAGGAGGUUUAGGUAAAGAGCUGGCUGACUGGAUAACAACGGGCGAACCAAAAGCUUAUUUGUUACCUUUUGACAUCAAAAGAUUUAUUGACUUUCAUAAUAAUGCCAGAUUCUUAAGGGAACGAGUUAAGGAAGCUGUAGGUCAUAACUAUUCUAUUCGACAUCCGUUGCUGAAUGAAUUCAAAACAGCUCGGAAAGCUCGAUGCUCGCCUCUGUAUACAAUACAAGAACAGGCAGGAGCUAUAUUUGGUGAAAGAAUGGGUUUCGAGAGAGUUUUAUAUUUUGAUCCUUCAAUGCCAAAAGACGAACGUAUGCAACCACCAAAGAUUACCUUUGGCAAACCUUCAUGGUUUGAUAAUGUUCGAGAAGAAUAUACUGCUUGUAGGGAACGUGUUGGAGUUAUUGAUAUGUCAUCAUUUACUAAAUUCCAUCUGAAAUCUGGUGGAACUGAAGUCGUUGACUUUCUUCAACUACUCUGCUCCAAUGAUAUCAAUGUUCCAGUUGGAAAUAUUGUUUCUUCUGGCAUGCAGAAUGACCAGGGCUGUUAUGAAAACGAUUGCCUGCUGUUAAGAAGAGCUCAUAACUGCUACUUUAUGAUGUCACCUACUGCACAGCAAACACGCAUCAGUGAGUGGAUGAGAAGAUAUAUGCCAAAAGAUGGUUCAGUUUCAAUGAGUGACGUUACGUCAAUGUAUACCGUUCUGAAUGUUGUGGGCCCGAAAUCUCGAGAACUCAUGUCAGAAUUGACUAGAACCGAAAUGGAUAUUGCAGGAUUCACUUGCAAAAAAACCAAUGUUGGAUAUGCUGGUGAAGUUCUUGUCAUGGGAUUCAAUAACACAGGCGAACCUGGCUAUUCCCUGUAUAUACCUUCAGAGUAUGCCCUACAUGUAUAUCAUAAUCUUCUAAAUGCUGGAAAAGAUUAUGGAAUUCGAAAUGUAGGAUAUUAUGCAUUACGUUUUCUUCGUAUUGAAAAGUUUAUUCCUUUUUGGGCGGAAGAGUUAGAUAGCCACACUACUCCAUUUGAAGUUGGACGAGGCUUUAAAGUGAGGAUGCAAAAAGAUUAUUUUCUGGGCAAAGCGGCCUUACAGCAGCAGUUGGAUCAGGGGAUGAAAAGACGCCUGGUCCACUUUCAAUUAGAAAAUCACAAUCCCGAAGCCGACAUUUGGGCCUGGGGUCGAGAACCUAUUUAUCGCAAUGGACGGUAUGUGGGGAAGACUACAUCUUCCGGUUAUGGCUUCACACUGCAGCGAGUGGUUUGCCUUGGAUUCGUGCACAAUUAUGAUGAAAAGACUGGCGAACCUCAAGUGGUUUCCUCGGAAUUUAUAUCUAGUGAUGCCAGUUUUGAAAUUGAAAUUGCUGGAAAGCGAUUUCCCGCUAAAGCGAGCCUCAAUGCUCCUCCGAUUCCCAUUAUCACCAUGAAUGGAACUAGCAACAGAUACAUACCUAAAGCAAGAUUGGUGGCACACACUGCAACUCCAGACUCCUAAUCAUUGGUAACAGAAACGUUUGUAAAUGUUGUACAUCUAAAUAUUUUUCUUUAUUAAAUAAAUAUUUUAGAAAUUUUAUUAUAAAAUCAAGAUAA